AUCAAAUCAAAUUCCUAAGCAAUAAACCCGUGUCAAAAUUCAUACUUAUCUUUUCCCAUUUUCGGACAUCUGAAUAAUUUCUGUGAUUACCCAAUUAUUGGGACACACAUCUCAGUCUGUCUAGACCACUUGACCUUACCUCAUCCCUAAACUCUCUCCACUAAUAAAUAAAUAUACCCUCUUUUAAUAUCUCCUUACAUUCUUCCACCACAAAUCACUAACUAGUUUCACUUACCAAAAAUUCUACCAUAAAUUACAAAAUCUGUUCCUAAAGAUCAAGAAUCUUUCUUUUUUCUUGUUUUCAUGGGCUUGGCUUUUUGCCUUGUUGAACUUCCAUUUCUUCUAUGGCCAAUUUUGUAGCUUUAUAUGUAACUCCUCUUAGUAUUGCUAGUGUUGUUAGAUUCCGCAUUACACGUUUCUAUCUUCUCCUUAUCUUUCUCCAUUCACUCUUAUAAGAAAGGAUAUUUCUUGUUUUUGCUAUUCUUUGUUUGGUUACGUGGAAAAUUCUCCAUUCUUGAAUUUCCUCUGACCCAAGUUGGAAAAAUUGCACCUUUUAGGAUACCCUGUAUCAAAGUUUGAACUUUUCUUUGUCUAUCACUGAAAUCCGGAUCUUUUUUUUAGAAUUUUUGAAAAGUUUCAGAUAAAGCUUGAAAAAUUAAAGAAUUUUGAACUUUUUUUUUAUGGAGUUGUAGGAGAUUAAUCAUCAUUCCUUUUUGAAUUUCCUCUGACCCCAGUUGACAAAAUUGCACUUUUUUGGAUACCCUUUAUUAUAUUUGAACUUUUCUUUCUCCAUCAGGGAAAUCCGGAUCUCUCUUGAAAAGUUUUGGUAAAGAUUCAGAUAAAUCUUGGGAAAUUACAAAUUAAGCUGUCACAUGCCUUUAAGCGAUCGUAUUCAAAACACUUGGUCUAGUCAGGUGAUAAAUAGUUGGUGAUAGUUAAGACAGGAAAUACAAACAGCUGGUAGUUUAGGUAGGCAACUCGCAUAGUUCAGAAAAGCAAAAAGAAGCCAAUGGCAUCUGUGUUUUUGUACCAUGUGGUGGGGGAUCUAACAGUGGGAAAGCCUGAGUUAGUGGAAUUUACAGAGACACAAACAGUGGAGGCAGCUAUAAAGGCUAUUGGGGAGUCUACAGAAUGUGGGAUACCUGUGUGGAAGAUGAGAUCUCAAAAGAGCUUGAUUGAGAAUGCGGAAAUGAGGCGAAAACGGUUUGUGGGUAUUCUUAAUUCCCUUGAUAUUGUCGCAUUCUUGGCUAGAGAGGGAUGUUUGGCUGAUCAGGAGAAAGCUAUGAAGACUCCUGUUUCUGAGGUUGUCGUUCCUGAUAAUUCUUUGCUCAAGGAGCUUGACCCUGCCACAAGGUUGAUAGACGCACUGGAGAUGAUGAAACAAGGUGUGAAGCGGCUCCUAGUUCCUAAAAUUGUUGUAUGGAGAGGUAUGAGCAAGAGAUUUUCAAUUCUUUAUAACGGCAAAUGGCUAAAGAAUAUUGAUACUUCUAAUCCUGCUGCCAAUGCCAACCGACCAUCAACUUCUUCCCCUACGACCAUUCGUGACAAGUUCUGUUGUCUGUCUAGAGAAGAUAUCAUCCGUUUUAUUAUUGGUUGCCUUGGUGCAUUAGCCCCUAUACCUCUCUCCUCUAUCUAUUCCCUUGGAGUCAUUAACCCAAACUACUGCUCAAUAGAAGCAUCACGAGCAGCGAUGGAUGCCACACAAAAACUGCCAAAGGAUCCCCCUGCAGUUGCAGUCAUCGAGCCUAUGGGAGAUGAUUACAACAAAAUCAUUGGCGAGAUUUCUGCCACUAAACUGUGGAAGUGUGAUUAUUUGGCUGCCGCAUGGGCCUUGGCUAAUUUUUCAGCAGGACAAUUCGUGAUGGGUGUUGAGGAUACUAUCACCUCAAGAUCCUUACCUGAUUUUGCAGUCAAUGAUCCUAUGGUAACAGAUGCAAAUACUGCCAAUAGGCCCGGUCCAGCUAGGUCAAAAACAUUUAGCAGCAGAAGUAUUGGGUUCGUCAGCAAUCCAACAAACUCAUCUUUAAGUGCUUCUAGGAGCAUGUAUCGUGGAAGAAGUGCGCCAUUGACAUGUAAGGAGACAAGCUCACUGGCUGCUGUUAUGGCUCAGAUGUUGUCACAUCGGGCAACUCAUGUAUGGGUUACUGAUGCCGAGAAUGAGGACUGUUUAGUUGGAGUUGUUGGUUAUGCUGAUAUCUUAGCUGCUGUUACUAAACCCCUUCCUCCCACCAAUCCCGAAACUCAGACAUCUUGAGUCUCCAUCAUCAUUUCCUGCUCAUUUUCGGUUGUUCCUGCUCCAUUAUGCUGAUUGAUCAGUGGAAUAAUGUUGGCACGUGGGCGGCCCGUUUAUAUUUAUGCUUCUUUUCAUGUUUUGCAUCUGCUUUGAGGUUUAGAUUUCUUAAUGUGAGAACUAUGUGUUGUACACUUUAAAUGUGAAUAUGUGAUAUGAUUACUAGUUCAAUAAGUUGGAAGGAUGGAAAUUGAACAAUUUGUUCUUUUCAA